GUUAAGUGAUGGGCUCCCUUGUUUGGUCAGGAGGUAAUAUGAGAGCAGAUAGGACCCUGUCGGCGGUAUCACAGUGUUUACCCACACAGUUGCCUGUCAGGAUCAUUAGGUUCAAACUGUUAUCGUCCAAGGGUCACUCAGACUGUCAGUAGUCACUAAUAAACCUAGAAAGUGUAAGAAUGCUCAUAUAUUUUACCUACGGGCUGCUGCUGACAUACGUUUCUUUACCUGGACAUUCACUUGGGGAUUUGGCUUUCCGAUGUCCAAGUUGUACCGCAGAGCGUCUGGCUGCGUGUCCCAAAGUCACAGCGAUGUGUCCUGAGAUAGUGAGGGAGCUGGGCUGCGGCUGCUGUCCGGUGUGUGCCAGGCAGGUGGGGGAGCUCUGCGGGGUCUACACGCCGCGGUGCUCCAGCGGCCUGAGGUGCUACCCGAGCAUGGAUGCCGAGUUACCUUUGCAGCAGCUCAUCCAGGGUUUAGGACGAUGUGGACAAAAAGUGGACGUGGAUGUCACGACAGGUCUGGACCACCAGGCUACAAAUGAGGUGCACGGGACUGAAAAUCCACCCACCAGAAGACCUCUCAUCAACACUUGGUUCUGGCAGGAGACCGCCAUCAACAAUCACGCGAAAGACCGCCUCGGAAGGAUGAAGUCAACUAACAAUCAACUAGAGGACAGUCGGACCCAGAAGGGGACUCAGUAUACGGCCCAAGAAAACACGCCUCAAGGGGGGACCCAGCAACAGAGCGCCUGUGAGCAGGAGCUGGACAAGGUCUUGGAGGAGAUUUCCAGAAUGACCUCUGAGGAUAACAGGGGCCCGCUGGAGAACCUUUACGAGCUCAAAUUCCCAAACUGUGACAAACACGGACUGUACAACCUCAAACAGUGCAACAUGUCCACCCACGGCCAGCGGGGCGAGUGCUGGUGUGUUAACCCCUUAACCGGGGUCCAGAUUCCAGCUUCGCCCAAAGUCAGAGGGGACCCCAACUGUAACCAGUUCCAGGAGGAGCUCAGAGCGAUGCCCACGGCAGUAUCCCACUAACACUGUGCAGCACUUUGUAUGACAUCUUGGGGUUUUCUUCACAUUUAACAACAAGGGAGGAUUUUUCCAUUAUAAUGUUUUUUUUUUGAUUUGCAUGUAGUGUGUACCUACUGUAAUCUGUGUCUUCAAGUCCAAUUAAAAACAUGUAUAAUA